GAAGGCAAUGUAAAAUGUCGCUAUAUUAUAAACCAAACAUAAACUAAUUUAUUAGCAAACUACGAAUUGCUAGCAUUCACGUAUUCAUGGGCUUGGUUAAGUUCGCUAGCUAUUAAACGUUUUCUAAGCUACUAGCGGUUUCAUGAGAGGUCGGCGUUUACUCCUUGUUAGUCGUAAAACGUCCAACAAUGGAAAAGCUCGAAACACCUUACGAUGUUGAGGCUGAAUUUAUUGAGUGCACGGUCUGUGAUAAAUCCAUAAGAGGAGAAACCUUGUACAAGAUUCACCUGACCACACCAGGGCACAUAAAGAAAGAGGAUGGCUUUGUUGCUGCGGGGCUUGCAGUCAGACAACACACCAUACCCGAAUUUAAGGACAUUCUACAAUAUCUGGAUUACUUGAAGCUUGAUGAACCCAUCAUUGGUUUGAGCUAUUUGGAUGAAGCCCCUGGUAAUGACCAAUACUCAGGCCCCAGAUACUUAUGUAGGCUAUGUCAUCUGACUACAAACCUACCAGAAAUGGUCCACCAUGUGAUUGGACGUAAACACCGACAGAAAUAUGUGGAAUUGAAACGGCCAGACUUGGUGACCUGGGAUAAACAAUCCAUAAUAACCCAAGGAGGAAAGAUCAUACGAGCCAGAGCAGAAAUAAUAGAGAGACAGGAUGGGCGAGGGAAUCCAAAUCCAAUGGCCAAAAGAGGGACUGAAGGCAAGUUAAACAUUUCAAAAGUUCCCCCAAGGCAGAAGCAAAAUAGGGACCGGAAUAACGCACAGAGUUGGACACAAGAUGUACCAACACACUUACCAGACCUCAAGGACUAUGAGGAUAAGUACUCUCAUCGAGGGAGACAUCCCCCAGUUUACCCUGAUAUACCCCCAUUCCACCCAGAUGAACCUUACAUGAACAGAGACAGACAGAUGUUCCAACGGGAGGACAGUCUCAGUCGUGACUACACGGAAGAAGACCUGCACAGGGCAGAUUACAGGGAAAAUAAUACAUGCAGAGAAUAUAUGGGCACUGAUAAUUGUAGGGAAUAUAAAGAGGAAUAUGUUGAAGAUCUACAAAGAAGAGCCACACUUGAGCCAGGUGGAGUUACCAGGUAUGAUCCUAGGGAGGAGAUGCCAAUGCCCCAUGGCCAGAUUCAGCAUGUAGAGUUUUACCCAGAAGAGGCUCCUCCUAACAGAGCACCCUACACAGAAAGAGAUCCUCUGAAGGAGUUCUACUCUGAGGAAGUUCGGCGCAGGCGAGUUCGUUCUGAGUAUCAGCCCGCACAGCCGUUGUACCCAGACAGUAUGAACAGAGAAAGAAGGCAGGGAUCGAGUGAACCAGAGGCCAAGAGGAGGAGCUUUCCCACACCUAUUGAGAAUGACCAAGCGCACGAUCAUUUAUUUAAUAUUAUCAAAGAUUAUCAGCACAAAAUGAGAGAACCACAUGAAGAGGUGGCAGUCUCUAACCCUGGGCUAAGCAGAACAGGAGCCCCUUACUCGCAGAGACGAGUGGAAGUUACCAGGACCAUGUCUGGCAUCCCAGAGCCAUUCAGGCGCUUUCUGACCGGGGCCACUAAUGAUGAAGGACAUGGUAAAAGAAAAAGAAAAAGCCGCUUCUCUGAUGCCACUGCAGAGGAGGUGGAAAUGACGAAGGAGAUGUUCAGUGAUGAAUAUGGACCUCCAAAUCCAAAGUUUGGUGGUCAUCCUAGACCAGUUAGUGUACAAUUGAGACCUGAAACCCAUGGAACACAACAUCCUGACCGCUACACAGAAUCACAGAGCCCACAUCAUACUCAAAUCUACCAAAAAGGAGGCUCUGGAUCAGAGGGUGUCUUUGAUAUGCUGAAAAGCAUUGAAAUUGAGAAUGCGGAAGAAGCUGACUUCCUGAAGAACAAACUUUGCAGCCUUCUGAGAGAAUUCAAGACCAAAAAAUCAGAGAAGGCUGUGCAAAAUAGCCAAGGUGGAGCAGCCCUCAACAACAAUUACAACAGCUUAAAGCCGGACCUGCAGCUGUCUCCACAACAAAAGUAUGAAAGAACCCUCAGAGAAGAUUUAGACCUCAGACAACCACAAGACUUUUGUUUCAAAGAUGAUCACAGAGGACGAGGCUGGAAGCAGCAUGAGUAUAUACCUGAUGAACAGCUGCAAGAAUACCACCGCCCUGUACACAGGGAACACAGACACACAAAUAGAAGCCGUUAUGAAGAUGACCCAGGACAUUAUGCUGAAAGGUUUCAAGAACCCAUGCACCCUCGUGACUACCGACCUGCUGAGGAGUAUUUUGACUCCCACUCUUCUUCACCUUCCCUACACAUGGAACAAAAUCCCAGGAUGCACAGGGGCCCUCAAUACUCCAAGAACCUGGACAAAAUAACCUCCACCCUCCUUGAACUUGUGGCAAGGAAAUAAUCAUCCAGUAUAUUUCUAUAGAUCAAUACUUAAUAGAAUACUUUGUGAAAAUAUUAUUUGUUGUUAAAUUUCCUUCCACUUUUUUUUUUUUUA